UCAGGCCUUGUCCUGUUAGCUACAAAAACUAAACAUCCUAACAGAUUUCUAAAGGGAGGUGAUGAAAUGCAAGAUGUUGUAUUCAGUGACAGUGCCUUUUUCUUUGACAAUAGUGUUAUUUCCAAAUUACUGAAUUUCUACAGAAGUAAUAAACCUCUUAAAUGUGAGUUGAGUUCUUAUGGUGACUUCCUUCAGCCAUUGGGCUUGACCGCUAGCCCAUCUUAUAUAGUAGAGAAAAUUACCAGUGAAGAUUUGGCAUCAACGAGAUCCGCUUUAUAUCGGACUUUAUAUGGUUUGAAAUUGUCUAUUUUAGUGCUAAAAAACUCAAAUUUUCAUCAUUUAGGUACAAUGAAAGAAUACAUUGAUAGUUUAUCUUGCAAAAAUAAAUUUCCUGAAAUGUUCCCUAUAUCCAGAUUUUCUGUGAGUACUUUAUCUGUUAAUAAUAUUAUUCCAUUGUAUAUUGAAGGAACUGUGAUGCAUUCAAUAAUUCAUCCUUUGUCCUUGGUGCCUGAAUCAGCUGUUAUAGAAUGCUGUGACAUUAACAUUGCUGUGGAUGUUGGAAGAAACUGUAUUAUCAGCAAUGUACAGCUUCAUGGAGUUUUUGUACAAAGGUUAUCAUUCCAAAUUCCAGAAAAUACAUUAAUGCAUACUGUGUCAGUAAUGGAUGGGUAUGUGUGUAUUGCUUGUGCAAUUAGUGAUGAUAUUAAAAAAACAUUCAAGUGGAAAGAUUCUUUAGAAAUUCAGAUAUUUGGAAAAAAGUUGAAACAAUUUAUAAGACCUGAUGACAAUAUUUUUUCCUCUGGCUGUAGUAAGCCAGCAUUAUGGAAUGCUAAACUUUUCCCGUUAUGUAAGACUGCUGAUGAAGCAUUUAAGAAAACUCUUGAAAUUAUUAUAAGAAUUAAAGAAGAGGAAAUGUAUAAUCUCUGUUUUAUGCCAGAUGACAAGGUGUUGAAAUGGGUCUCGAUGUCUGAUGUUUUGUCAUUAAAAGAUACUGAACAAGUAUUAAAGUAUCAAAAAGAAUUGUAUGAAAAAAUUACAUUCAAAAAGUAAAGUGUAAAUAAAUUUAUAUGAUGUCUUAUGUGUAAAGGUGCUUUGGACUGAGAAGAAUGGGAAAUUAAGGAGAGUUGAUAGCUCUAUUUUUUUAUGAAGCUUCAUAAAGUGAAAAAGCGAUUCACAGCGGGAUUUACUCAUGGCUUCAAAAGCUGUCUGUUGCAUAAUAAAAUAUAACCAUUUUUAUUUCAGAUAAGCAUAAAAUCCAAUAAAGUGCAUUUACAUACUGUGCAA